AUGAAAGGCUCGGAUAUCCCGCACGUGGAGGCCAACUACGUCGACCUGGGUCGAGCCGUAGGCACCGUGUGUGACAACGCGCACCGCGAGCUGGCCAACGUGCUGGAAACGCUGCCCUCGACGCCGGCAGACGUGGCCAAAAAGCAGGCGCUGCUGGAAGUGCUGGUGCGAGCUCGUCAGGAGUUUGUGCGCACCUAUGUGCUGACCAAGUGGGCCAAGGUAUCGGAGGACGUGACAAAGUGCAUCGACGUGGUGGCGUGGUUGCAUGGCCAGCGCAACUGCUUCGACAACUUGAACCACAUGCUGGUUGGCUUGGGCCGUGACCUAGGAGCAGCCAAGAGCCGCAAUCCAGACCUCCAGACAGCCGUCCAGGUGCUGACCCGAGGCGCACCCACAACGUUCGGCGACCACGACAUGGCGCCCAAGAAAAAACUCAAGCCACAGACGAUACUCAGAACAUUGAGGGAUCUCAACGUUUUGUUGUCUGUGCAACUGGCGCAAAGCACAGACAUUCCGCCGCAAUUCAAGCGGUACAAGAUUGCCAACGGACGAGCCACAUUCACUGUGGCAAACGCUUUCGAGGUGGAUGUGGGAAUUGCAGAUGAUACAUUGGAUGGACCGUUUUUCUUCAUUGACUUCCGGCUGCUGUUUGGGGACAGAAAAGAACUGCCUCCCCAAACGCGAGGCAUGCUGGAGCGUGCAGGAAACUCGGCCCUGGCCCAGAGAGGCCUCUCGGCGCUGUAUUCUCUCCUGAUGAAGUUUGCGCUUAACUACAAACUGGCCCUGAUCUACAAACAGAUCAUGGAGAUGAGCAAGGGUCUUUGGAGCGGCACUCUGAGACAUAGAUUCUACCAGGAAAGGAGCUUGAUUGCACUGGAAUACUGGGUGAGCCAGCAUGCCACCCACAGACCCAAGAGUACGCUUGAAAUCGGAAUCUUUUCAGAAUCCGAUUUGCGAAUAGCUGUGCGAUGGAGCAGACAAGGGGAGGAGGUGCCGUACUCGGAGCACCAGAUUCAGUUUGGAGGUGAAUCGACCGACGUGGCUUCUCUGCUGGAGUACGUCACUACUCUGCAUCUCAAACACAUCAUUUCUUGUGUCUACACCAAGCUCAGAGCAUUGUUGGGCGACUCGAGCGAUAUGGUGUCGUUGUGCAGUGACGGACAUAAGUUGAGAUUCAGACUAACGUCUCUGAGAUCAACUGUUUUCACAGUGGACCGUUUAACGGGUAAGACUGUUCUUGAGAAUGCCACUUCUCUGAUUCUUUCAGCGGAGAGAUCGCUCAAUGAACUUGUGUCCCGCCCAGAUCAAGCUGCUUCUGUACUGUUCAAGCUGCGUCUCCUGUCUCUUGAAAACGACAUCAGAACACGGGCUUGUGCCACCGGCUGGACUGCUCAGAACGUGACACUGUCGACUGACGAGAUGAAGACGCAUUUCGGCUUCACCACCCGAUACGUGCUGUUUCUGCGACAACCACAGUGGCCCUCAAAUUGGUUUGUCGUCGUCACUGUGCCUGAAGAUGGCUCUUUGCCGCUCUGGUGGAUAGCCAAACUGCGAGUGCGCAAAGACACAGCCUGGACAGCAGAAUGCAUGGAUCGAAUCCACGUGAACCAGGAUCUUGAUAGUCUGUACGACUACGAGCUGCUGACUCAGAUGGUGACUUUCGCGUCCCAUCGAAUCGUGCUUCAUCCUAUUUUGGACGAGCUGCGCGCUGCUAAAACCCCCUUCCGGUUGCUUCGGUCUGCCCAGCAUACACCUGUUGUUGCCAUUGACAACUCAGCCUUGGUCACGUCGUGGUCGCAUUCGUCUCUGUUGAUUUUACCUGAAAUGAGUGCAGGAAGCAUGGAUAUGAAGCUACAUGUUCAGGGACGGGCCAAGACGGUCAUGAACUUGCCCUCUAACGAUUCCAUCGACUUUGACGCGUCCACUGGCAUCUAUAAACUGACUCUGGAGGGUGCCAAUACACCUGGUUUCUCUCUUGUCAACAAGUUGAAGGAGCGACUUCAGCAGAUUGAGCAGAUUGUGAGCUACAUUGAACUCAUCAAGGAUCUGGGUCUGGAACUGGUGACGGCUUCCAUGCAGCAGAUCAAGUUCAAGUUGGGAGAUGCACAGGUGAGUGUGGAUAUCCCCAGUGAGCUCAACCCGAAUAUCACUCUGCACUUGUCCCCCACGGACCCCCACAAUAUUAUCCACUCGUACUUGCAGGAGACUCUCAACAGCAGUGGUUUGAGACCUGUCGUUUGGUUGCUUCAGACCACGAGAAAUCUGUAUACUACUCUUCAGAAGCUGCAAAAGACGAGGGGAGGGGAUCCUGAACAACUUGAGAAAAUCAUCUCGAAUCUGUCUAUUUCCGAUCUGGAAACGCGCCAGAAACAACUACAGCCGCGUCUCAGCAUUGUUCCGCGUUCGGCGGCCUUUGUGCGGCUCGUUUACCCCGGAAAGAUGAACAUUGACGUGACUCUGGUUCGUCAUAGUGCUACGUUAGACGGAGUCAAGUUUUUCAUCAAAGAGAGCCCUCUGGAGCUGCCUCCUCCCCCUCAGCCAGGGCAACCGCCUGUUGCAGUGCCCAGGAAGUUGCAAGUCUGGAACGGCUCUGUGACCCCAGAUGUGGAUGUGGGCAAGGCGGUUUACUUGAAUGACGGUAUUGCUUGUGAAGGAGACAACGUAGGCAAGGUGUUGGAGUGGGUGGAUAAGCAGAUAGGCAAGUGA